AUGAUCGGUCCAUUCGAGGCCCCCCCGUUCGACAAAUUUCGCAUCAGCCCCAUAGGCGUGGCUACCAGGAAAUUCUCCGGAAAAAAGCGGCUGAUAAUCGACCUUUCAGCCCCCCAUAAUUCUCCAUAUCCGAGCAUCAAUAGUCUCAUCCCCCUCGAAGAGUAUUCUCUUAACUAUCACGAUAUCGAACAAGCCAUAACCAUGAUUAAAAUAGCUGGACGAGGCGCAUGGCUUGCAAAAGUAGAUAUCUCCUCUGCUUUUAAAGUAAUGCCAAUCCACCCCGAUUCAUGGCACUUAUUCGGCGUAAACUGGCAGAAAAAGUAUUAUUUCGCCGUGCGCUUAACUUUCGGCUGCAAAAGCAGCCCAAAAAUCUUUGACACUCUCUCUGAAGCCAUAUGUUGGAUCCUUUCCAAUAAUUAUGCAAUUCCUCAACUUCUCCAUCUGCUCGACGAUUUCCUAAUAAUUUCACCUCACGACAUCAUCCCCGAGGCUCACCUCCUCAUAGUGAAAAAAGUUUUCGCCGAACUAGGGAUUCCGUUAGCCCACGAGAAAACAUCGGGUCCAACUACAUCCAUCGAGUUCUUGGGCAUCAAUCUGGACUCAGCAAAAUUCCAGGCCUCACUGCCUAAGGAAAAAAUCGAUCGCAUCAUUUUAAUCGCAUCCAAUUUUACAGACAGCACAGAUUGUUCAAAACGCGAACUUCUCUCGCUGCUGGGCCACCUAAAUUAUGCGAUGCGCAUUAUUCCACAGGGCCGACCCUUUAUCGCGCAUCUCCUAGCCCUCUCUUCAUCUGUUCAUGGGCUGGAAGAUCGGAUCAUCCUUUCUGACGAGUCAAAAAACGAGCUAAAAUUAUGGAUUAAUUUCCUCAAUCAGUGGAACGGCUUAACUUUUUUUUACGACGACUUUAUCUCUCUCCCCCUCGAUAUCAAACUGUUCACAGACGCAGCUCCCUCGAUCGGCUUCGGCGGCUAUUACCAAGGACACUGGUUCGCGUCUCCCUGGCCCCCUCAGCUCCUGGACACACCCCAGGCUUCAGCCUCCUCUGCCCUUUUCGAGCUCUACCCAAUCGUCGUCGCAGCUUCCCUAUGGGGGAAAGAAUGGUCAACCAAAAGCAUCCAAAUCCAUUGCGACAACGAAGCAACUGUACACUGUAUCAACAAAGGUCGUUCUCGCUCACCUGCGCUUAUGCCACUCCUCAGACGCCUCAUAUGGAUCUCCGCAUGCGACCAGUUCUUAAUAACUGCAAGUCACGUUCCAGGGGCUCAAAAUCAAAUUGCUGACUCUCUCUCCCGUUUCUCUUUUCAGAAGUUCAGGAUGCUGGCACCAGAAGCAGACCCCACUCCAACUCCAGUACCUCCUUAUUUUCAGCUGAUCUUCCCAUAAACCAUCCGCUAAAAUCCCUCCUGGACACGUCCAUCGAAUCCAUCCUCCAAGCCGUCUCUCCCAGAACCCUGCAAACUUAUUACACCGCAUGGAAAUCGUUCAAAUCAUUCCACCUCUCUCACAACCUGUCGUUUCCCGAAUUUUCUCUUUUAACAGUUACUUCAUUCAUAUCUCAUCUUCAUAGUAUUAAAGGUCUCCAAGCCGGAUCCAUUAAAAGCUAUCUAAGCGGCAUUCAAUUCUUCCAUAAAUUAAUCCACGGUAAACCUACACCUGCAAUAAAUAACUCCCAAACGUCCCUUCUAGUUAAAGGAAUCCAAAGAUCCCGCCCCACGCGCCCAGAUACCAGACAACCAAUCACAAUCGAUAUACUCACCAGAUGCAUCUCAUCACUCCGUCUUGGAUACCACUCCAUCAACACCGCAUAUACAUUAGAAGCUAUGUUCAUCCUAGCAUUCUUCGGUUUCCUCCGCUGUUCCGAACUGACCAUUACUUCCUUAUUCGACCCAAAUAUCCAUCCCUCCAUUUCAGACCUCCAGAUCGUAGAUAAUGAAACCAUAUCAUUUUUCAUUAAACAAAGCAAAACGGACAGAGAUAAAAGAGGUCACUUCGUUUAUAUUUUCAAUCUACAAACUCCCAUCCAACCGUACCAUGCGCUUUUUAAUUACCUGCAGU